AGUAUUAGACAAGUUUCCUGGUAAUCUAUUAUUGAUCAUUAUAUUCUACGGAUAACCGUGUCUUCAUGCAUUUAUUUUUAGAAAUGAAUUCGAUUUGAGUUCACUCCGUUAUAUAUGAACAUAGAUGCAUAGACACGUAGGUGCAUACACACACGCACAUACACGGUAGAUACAUCUCUCUGUUGUUUUCUUGAAUCGAAAUGUCUCAACGUUUCUACGAGGUAACCUAACGCUCAGCGUUCUCGAAGAUGACGUAAAAGAAAGUUCUGGUUCGUAUCUCGCUUCGUAAGGCACCGAGCUGUUUCGUCGACGAUGGAGUGAGUUCCACAUUUAGAUCCAUAGUCCGUUUUGGUUGCAACGUAUGAAAGGAUAUUUGUUUUUCAUGCGUAGAAAAUUCAUAGAAGAUUGCUUGGACGCACACAAUCGUUAUCGAGCCAUUCAUGGAUCUGAACCACUUCAAAUUGAACCGAAGCUGAACAAAUAUGCUAACGUAUGGGCGACUUAUUUGGCGAAAAAAGGUGACCCUACUCGAAGAAAAACUCUACACUACGGAGAAAAUGUAUACAUUGCCUUCUUUGGGGACGUUAGUCGUUCCGGACCCGUCGUCGAAGCUGUUGACUCUUGGUAUCAGGAAAGUAAAUAUUACGGAUACGAAGAAGAAUCCAAAGCAAAUUUAAAGGCGGUACGUCAUUUUACGCAGCUGGUAUGGAAAGAAACGAAAUUUAUGGGAUUCGGAAUGGUCACUUCUCCAACCGGACAGAUCUAUAUUGUCUGCAACUACGAUCCUCCUGGCAACGUAGAAGAGAAAUUCGCUGAAAAUGUGUUACCACCGAAGGAAGAGGAGGAGAAAGAAAAAAGCCCUACGGAUUCGGAGGAAGAUCAACAAAUGAAAAUUGCAUACCUCGAGCCAAAUCUAAAAAUUAUAGACUCGAUGCUUCGUAUAUACGCUGUCCCAUCGGAGGAACUUCGAGUUUGGUCUAUUUGGUUGUCUCAGAUAAGCGAUGAAGCUGAGCUAUGGCAAAAAUGGUUGUGCUCACACGUAAAUCUUUUUCUACGAAUGGCAUCACGUUUGAAAAAAUUCGAAGAGGAGCAUAUCGCAGAACUAAAGACAUUGCAACCCGAGAUGGUCGAAGAAAUACGAAGGAUUUUCGCAUACGAGGAGGACGCCAUUGCCGACGACGGGAUCGAGUAUCCGGAAGGAGUCGAGGAUUUUUACGACAUCGAACAAGUGCUCGCAGACAUCGUAAGCGGUAAGGAAAAGUCAGUCGAGGAGAAAGAUGAAGGAGAAGAACGUGCACUUGAGGAAAGCGAAGAGUGGGAGGAGGAAAAAGAAAAACGUGCACUCGAGAAAAUCGAGGAGGGGGAUGAAGAGGAAGAAGAAGAGGAACGUGCACUCGAGGAAACCGAGGAGGGGGAAGCAGUGGAAGAAGAAACGGUGAAUGAGGAAGUGGUGAACGAAACUGAGGAAGGGGCGGAGGGGGAGAAAGCGGCAGAGGGAGAGGAGGGGGAGGAACGUUUGGGUGGAGGUGCGGACCAACCGGAGGAGACUACCAACGAGGAGGAUACGUGAGUAGGAUCGUGAUACGAAUA